CAGACACCAUGCGCAUUGUUCCUCACGCAUCUAGAAUUCAAGAUGGCCGCCGACGCGUGUUGCAUUUGAACCAAAGCAUACCAAUACAAAUUGGCAGAAAUUCCAGCUAGAAUUCAACAAUAUACCCCAAGAGAAAAGGAUAUAUGCUUUACAAAAAAUAGUAGAUUGAAGUUGUUUUGGAAUUGUCGCCAUGAGCGGCUCUGAAGGGUCAAAAGCUGAAAUCGCUGAUAACAGCGCUAAAAAAGAUGAGUUUGAGCCAAUCCUUGAUGUCUCAGAAGACUUAACUGAAGUAGAAGGAAAAGGAUCAGAAUCACAACGUUUGCCAGAGCAAGCACCAAGAGAGGAAGCUCAGAAUAAAGAUGUACCAGUAACUAAAGGAAAUGAUGUGGAUGAUGGUGAAGAAAGUGAAGAAGACAAGAAGGCUGUCGAUCUACCAGGUAAUGUGGGAGGUGAUGGGGAUGAUGGUUCAGGAGGUGAAGAAGACAAGACUUCUGUAGAUCUACCAACAAGUGCAGGUGAUGAAGAUGAUGGUACAGGAGUUGAAGAAGACACAAAUGCUGUAGAUCUAUCAAGAAGUGCAGGUGAUGUAGAUGAGGGUACAAGAGUUGAAGAAGACAAGAGUGCUGGGUCUGAUGAUUCGGAUGAUGAGUACUCUGAGGCUGACUCACAGUCAGAUGACGAUGAUGUCCAGUCAGCUAGUGAAGAGGGCUCCGGUGCUGGCACUGGUUGUGAGAGUGAUAACGAGAGCUCUGCUGAGAGUGAAGAUCAGGGGGAGUGGGCUUCAGCGGAGGAAGAUGGUGCUGAUACCAAGGACAGUGGUGAUGAAAAGACAGAUGAACCUCCCAAGAAAACAGACACAGCAGACCCUGCCUUUGUUCCUAGAAGGGAUACAUUUUGGACACAUGACGACAGAUGGGCAGAUAUUCCUGAUAUUGACAGGAGAAAGCCACCCUCUAGAGCUCUGUGGGACAAAACAGGGGACAAAUGGUUGCAUGACAGAUAUGUUGAGGAGGAACAAGCCCCUAAAACAGCUGAAGAAUUAGAGGAGUCCUCAAGAAAUCUUAGAAGAAAUGCAGGCAGGCGAGGGGGACGACGUAAUUAUGACCUUAAGGAAUUCAUGACAGAGAACAGAAGAUGGAAAACACAGUCAGACAGGGGGGGAAGAGCUCCACCCCAGAGAAGAGAACAAGAAUAUCAUGACCAACAGGAGGAGAGGAAUGAGGGUUAUAGAAGAGGUGGUGGUAACCGGGAAAAAGAAAAAGGUCAGCGUUCUGAUGAUGGGUUUAGGAGAGAGACAAGGCAAAGAAUAGAGGAGAGAAGGGAGGACAGUCCAAAGAACAGAGAGAGAAGAAGAGGCAGAAAUAGAGAAGAUUCCAGGGAAAAGGAGGUUGAGCAUGAAGAAGCUCAGCCAAAACAUAGGCAAAGAAGAACAAAUGAAUACAGAGAGGACUCAGGGGAAAGAUUGGAUGAUCAGAACAAAAGAAGAAACCAAGAUAGACAGCAAAACAGGAGAGGCGGAGAGUCAAGGAGAGAUGAUCAUGGUAGAAGGAAUAAUAGAGAGAAUAGUGGCCAUGAGAACAAGGAAGAGUCAUGGGCUGACCAAGAAGAUGAUAAUCGAAGAGGUGGACGCCGCAGGCAGGAGAAAGAAGAUGUAAAUCAUCAAUUCAGAAAUGAGAGAAAUGCAAGAGAGAAGAGGGACUCAAGAGAUAGAAGGGAUAGGAAAGAAAGAACAGAGGAGGAACAAGACAAAGAAGUUAAAACUAGAGAAUCACCAGCAACCCAAAGUAAGAGUCGUGGCAGAGGAAGGGGCAGAGGAGGAAACCCAGAGAUGAAAAAGUCCCGUAAAAGUGCUGCUGAUUUUGCAAGAGACAGGGAGCUGGCAAGGAAGAAGGAGCAAGAAAAGCAUGGCAGUGAUUUUGAAGAUGCUGAUGAGGAGGUUAUUGUUGAGGAAGAAAAUGAGAAAGAGUCUGAACGUAUCAAAGAGGAGAAUGAAAAUGUAGAGAAAGAACAAAGAACUGCAUCUAAAGAGAAAACGGCUUCUGUUGGAAGCAAACCCAAGCGAUACUCCUCCCAGAGACAAAGAGCAUCACAGCCUCCAGCGCCAGCUGUUCCAGAAGUGUUCCCUGAACAGGCCAUACCUGAAGGAGCCCAAUAUUACAACCAAAUCGGGUUUCAGGGUAUGUAUAACCAAGCAGGAACACCACCCAUGCCACUUGAGAUGAUGAUGCAAACACAACAGAACAUGGUAGUUCCAGAUAAUGGCCAUCCAGUCCCCCAAGGUCAAUACCCAAAUUACCUUGAAGACCUAAGUGAUCAAGUGAGUAUGCAACAAAUGCAGUCAAAUCAGCCAAUGGAGGCGUUACAGCAUGAGAACAUGAUUCAGCAAAGACUUGCUGUUAUGCAACAGAUGGUAUCUCAACAAGGAGCUAUGGCGUCCCAGGAGGCUGCCAUGGCAUCUAGAAUGAUGAGCAUGCAACAGCAGAUGCAGGGAAUGAUGACUCCCAUGACCCAGGGGAACAUGGGUAUCAGCUCUGCGGGUAUGACAACCAUGCCCAUGCAGCCCCAUCACCCUAGCUACACCUCACCACAAGGUUAUCCUGGCCAAACCAUGAUGUUCCCAAAUCCACACUUUCCGAUGAUGGGGAUGGGAAUGAACCCCUUUAUGGCCCAACAGAUGUACGGAGGAAUGCCUGGCGGAGCGCCAUACUUCCCCCAACAGAGCACUAAUGGGAUGGCCGCCCAGCAGCCGUUAGGAGAGCAGGAGGACUCUGGUCCAGUCAGACGCAGGCCAAAUGCCGCAAUACCAAUUAAACCGCCGCCGGUGAGCAGUUGAUUACAACUUGAUGGUGUAGCAGCAUACUUCAGCAUACAGAUCUAGAGGUACAGUAGAAGUAUUUGAAAGACGACCAAUCUUAUGUGUUCUCCAAUCACGACUGAUGCGUCCAUACAUGGAAAACCGACAGUCAAGCACCCGAGUAUGGAGACUCAUCGAUGAAUUAACACACAAGGCCCCACUAGACUACAGUCGAGCACCUCGGUAUGGUGACCCAUCGAUUAAUACACAACACAUGGUCCCACUAGACUACAGUCAAGCACCUCGGUAUUGUGACCAAUCGAUGAAUACACAACACAUGGUCCCACUAGAUUACAGUCAAGCACCUCGGUAUUGUGACCAAUGGAUGAACUAAGACCACAUGGCCCCACUAGACUACAGUCAAGCACCUCGGUAUUGUGACCCAUCGAUGAACACAUAACACAUGGUCCCACUAGACUACAGUCAAGCACCCCGGUAUUGUGACCAAUGAAUGAACUAAGACCACAUGGCCCCACUAGACUACAGUCAAGCACCUCGGUAUUGUGACCAAUGGAUGAACUAAGACCACAUGGCCCCACUAGACUACAGUCAAGCACCUCGGUAUUGUGACCAAUGGAUGAACUAAGACCACAUGGCCCCACUAGACUAGAGUCAAGCACCUCGGUAUUGUGACCAAUCGAUGAAUACACAACACAUGGUCCCACUAGAUUACAGUCAAGCACCUCGGUAUUGUGACCAAUGGAUGAACUAAGACCACAUGGCCCCACUAGACUACAGUCAUGCACCUCGGUAUUGUGACCAAUGGAUGAACUAAGACCACAUGGCCCCACUAGACUACAGUCAAGCACCUCGGUAUUGUGACCAAUGGAUGAACUAAGACCACAUGGCCCCACUAGACUACAGUCAAGCACCUCGGUAUUGUGACCAAUGGAUGAACUAAGACCACAUGGCCCCACUAGACUACAGUCAAGCACCUCGGUAUUGUGACCAAUGGAUGAACUAAGACCACAUGGCCCCACUAGACUACAGUCAAGCACCUCGGUAUUGUGACCAAUGGAUGAACUAAGACCACAUGGCCCCACUAGACUACAGUCAAUCACCUCGGUAUUGUGACCCAUAGAUGAACUAGCAUUGCAUUAUGGUCUGGAUAAAUGGGACAUUCUAACUACUGGAGCGAGUUAUUACAGCAGGUUCACCAAGCAUGGCUUUUUUUGGAUUUUAUUGUCGUCCUUAUACAAUAUGUCAAGCUAGAUUCAUAAUAGCCUGCGUUGCGACGUUAUGAUUUAUUUUGCUACUUUCGUUGCUCUUUUCUUUUCGCCAUUUUGCAGGCUACAUUAGAUAAGACAUCAUAGAAGCCCAUUAUUUUUGAAUAGUUUUUAAGCCAAGAUUUUUUUUUAACUUUUAAAAACAUUGUGGCUCAGAGCUUUUGAGACGACUGAUUACAUACAAAGCCUGGGCUGAGCUUAGUGUGUAAGGGGGGCAUUUUACUUACUUUAUAACACUUUAUUUUCGCGUAAUUUUACUGUAAUUUCGCUCGUCGCGAAUUUCGCGAUUUUUAAAAAUUCUUGCGAAUUACAAGAAAUUGUAUGAAAUAUCUCAAAAUCGCGGAAAUUAAGUGUUAUAACGUAGCUUUAGAAAGGAGGUUGUUCUCUGAGUAAGCAAAACAUCUUUCUUUUUGUAAUGUACCUAUAGAAGUCGUCUUGAUUUUUUAAAAGGGUUUAAAUAGUAUUCAUAAAAGUGAGAGUAGCGUAUCCCCCUCCCCCUUCGAUAUGUUUGGUCUGACCUCCCUAAGCAAUAAACUUCUCUGAAUAAACAUCAUUGCAAGUUGACCAACAGGCUAUGGGAUACUGCGUAAUUUUUCAUGAAAUAUUUAUUGAAUAUGAAAUUGUUAUAGGGGAUAGUGUUCCAAGUUACCAGAAACUUAGUCUAUUAUUAUAAAUCGUGUUAUAUUAGUCCAACAACUUUUUUCGAUAUCAUCGGGUGACCUGUGUAUUCGCUCCUGUACGCCACCUUGUUUUUUUUUAUUAUUAUUUCAUUUCAAUGACUCCAGGAAUGAUUUCUAAAAAGAAAACAUAAAAUCGAAUUGUUGGAGUCUGGUUUCUUUUGUUCUGUUUGUGUAUGAUAGGAGUGGUUUUCAAAAACAAUUGAAAUACUUUUUAGUUAAUUUACUACUAAUACACUGUAAUGUCUUUGUUAUCUUUUGCACGGGAUUUUGAAAACUCUAUAUUUGUUACAUCUAAAAGAUGGUGAUGCUGUAUUUGUGAAGUAGAAUAAAAUGGCGCGUUUUGCAUUA